UAACGGAUCUCAACCACAGCUACUUCUGACAGACUUGAGCGGUGUCCGGGGCCGUCGCUUCACCUAUCUGUCCUCCCUCUUUCUUGGUUCCCUUGUGUACAGACCGGAGUCAUGGCUGACCGCUGUCUGCGGAGUCUGAGUCUGCUGCUGGUGCUGCUGCUGCUGCCGCCGCUGGAAGUCCUAUCUCAGGAUUUUGACCUGUCUGAUGCUCUGGAUGACAAAGACAGCAAAGCACCCACGCCUCCACCACAUCCGGCAGGAGGACCGGGAGGAGAAGGUGAUCAGGAGGAUUUAUCUAAAAUCAGUGGCACCACCACAACCACCAAAGCCCCACCUAAGGUUAUCCCCAAAGCUCCCACAGGUACCAAGGCCCCGGUCAAGCCCAAACCCAAGCCAGUGGCUGAUGACUUUGACCUGUCUGAUGCUUUAGACCCCAACAAUGACAUUAGUGACAAAGAGAGGAACAAGGGACAGGGAGGCGGAUUUUCUGAUGACGAUCUGCUUGAUAUUAGCAAAGACCCGAACUACAAACCCGACAAAGGCAAAGGUGGACUCCCAAGUGGUGACAAGGAUCAGAUUAACCAGUAUGAUGACAACACUGAGACCACAGCAGAGGUGGGCACCAUUGCAGGGAUUGUUAGUGCGGUUGCCAUGGCGCUGGUGGGUGCAAUCAGCAGUUACAUCUCCUAUCAGAAGAAGAAGCUGUGCUUCAGUAUACAACAGAGCCUGAACACUGACAUGGUGAAGGGUGAGAACCCUGAAGUUGUGGUGGCUGCAGAACCACCAGUUCAACAGAGUCUCCUGGAGCCGAGCAGUGCUGAGCCUCCCACUGAAGAGAAUGCUGUGUAACACACACACCUAUCCACACACACACACACACCAAUGUCACCCACUUACAUGUUUCCUUUCCCAAAUAUCCCUACCUAAAGCACCCCCCUCUCACCCCCUCUGCACAAACACACACACACACACAGACACACAUAUGCACACACACAAACUGAGAUGCUACAGAAUCGACUGUCUGUUGUGUAGCAUGUCCUAAUUGAUCCUGUAGCUCUGUGCUGCAGCAGCUGGGAUUUGUUGUCCCUGUGGUGAAUGUGAACACGGCAUAUUUUUUAGUCUCCGCUGUAAACUUGGCCAACGGCGUAUCGAAACCUUUCCAAAAUGUAUGUGUAUAUAGUAAUUUAUUCUUUACUCCUGGGAUAUGAGUGGUUUCACAGCUAGUUUCACAGCAAGUUCCAAAAACACAGUUAAAUCAGAAUACUGGAACCAGUAGUACCAGUAGCAACUAAUUAUGGAAUCACUUAAAACCAUGACAGUAAACAUUGGAUACCAUGCGUGUACACACACACACACACACACACACACACACACACACACACACAUAUAUAUACACAAGUUACAUCAUGCAAAAAUGAUACUAACCAACAGUCUAAAUUUAGCUUAUUCCCACAAAUUGUAACAUUUUAUUUGGUUGGUGACAUAACUCUGUCAUAAUUAGCCAUUAAUAUUAUUAUAUGUGUUAAGGAAAUGAUGGUGGGUCACAUGACUUAGUUACAGUUUGACCCACUUGCUAGAUGAAUUGCUUUUUAAUGGGCUUCACUAUUAGCUCCAUUAGGUGUGUAUUCGUAGACCUGGAGUAACUGGAGGUAACCACUGUUUACAUCAGUCACAUGAUUAGUUGCUAAAUGCUGCAUUCACACUCAGAUCAUGUUGUGCAUCUUUAAUGUACAAAGUUGCCUUAUUCCGAUUUGGAAUCAGUGGGGGAAAAAAAUAAGGCACCUAAACAUUUCUGCCUGCCUACAGCCUCCGAACCUUUUAUACCUAAUAUAAAAAACUGAAUAUGCUGAAUGUUGAAUGAAGGCAACCCGUUUUUUUUUCCCCUUUACUCUUCAAUUGAUAUAAUUGAAGAGUAAAGGUCAGUCCUGUGACGAGUUCUGGGAAUUGGACGUAGAAAAACGUAAUUUUGACAUCGGAUAAAAGCGAUGCCAGCAAAAUUACUCCCGCUUGCCGUCUGAGCCCUGUCAUUUGACAGGGGUCUUCUUUGGGGGACGAGGCUCACGGAGGCAGAAAAUAAGGAAAACCUUUUGUUGAAAGUGUAACUGUGACAUGUUAGCUAGUAUUGCUUGUGCUAUGUUUUAUUGUGUUAGUUUCGAGGUGCUGGUGUGUGCAGAAGCGAGUAUUGAUCUUUGUCCCAUGGUGGUCAUCAUUUCCAUUAAUGUGAGAAAUAUUAGAUUCUUAUGUGUAAAACUAGAAUUUUAAGACAAUUUAAUGUGAGUCAUUGAGGCCUGACAAACAUCACAAGUGCUUUGAGCCUUUACUCAAACAAAUGCAAAAUUAUUUAUCUGUUUAUGUCAAUGUUCAUUGGUUAGGUUUGGACUAAAACGUAUCAAAAACAUCAGAAUCUGCGAUAAAAUUUUAUUUCAAUUGCAUGAUUUGAAUCUUGAUUUCACAACAGUGGGACGAACAGAUUUAGUAUAUGUACGUGCUUUGAGGUGCUCAUAUUUAAAGCCUCCUGAAUAAAGGAAUUUUAUGUUUGUGGCGACCUUACUGAGACAAUCCUGGUGAAAAUCAGCUCCAGCCUGAUUCCGCUCAUCUGAUGGAUGAGCAUCACUGAAUCUUUGCUGGUUCUUGUAACCAGGUGCCAUCGCUGGAAGGUUUGAAAUCCUACAAAUAUGGGAUUUAAUUUGUGUCUCAACUGUAGCAAAAAGAGGCAAAUUGGUGCUUGUGUUGAUGUUAAGGCCUGAGCAUGUUUUGAACAAGCUAAAUCACAUGAGGCAUUGCCCGUGUCACAAGCUGGCUGUUUAGAGUGGCCUGGGAUUUAUAAGUCUGAUUCCUCAACAGACUCCUCAAUGGCCACCAUGGGAACAAGUUUUUUAGGUGAUGUAGUGACGUGAUGGGAGGAUGUGGGAGGUGUAGUGGAGUGAAGGGUUACCGAUGCAUGAAGUCAAAGGGUGUGAAUUGGUCCACACUGCCUCAGCGGUGAAACUGGUGCAGAUGAUGUGUUUUUUUAAAAAUCUUGCUUUAGCUGUGUAGACGACGUUAGCGGCUGUAGUUUAGCUGUAGGAUGGUGAAUAGCGUCAUAAAACAAGUUCUUUUUUUGAGAAGCUGUGAUGGUUUUACAUUUUACUGUGAGCAGUUCUGUGUUUGUACUGAUAGUAUUACAUUAUAUACUCUUCAGUGUGUGUGUGUUUACACUCUUUGCUUGCUCUUUUUACACUUUGUACCCAACUUGACUUUUCCUAAUAACUUAGCCUAAUAGCCUUUUGUAGCUGCUUAUCGGUUUGAGCCGAUUUGUUGUGUUCUUAAAGACUCCUGAGGUCCGUCCUUAGGUCUUUGCGUGUUCCUGGAUGAGAAAGCAUUGACGUGGAAGACCUGGGGCUGUGUCUGAAAUCAGUCACCACUGUGAUUGUGUUCAUGUCGUGUGUGACUGAAGGUAGCGAUGGGAGAUUUGCAGCUUUAGAUUCAGACAAUGAAAGGUCAUUGUGUGGUUGCAUUUGCUUGUGUUGACCUGGACUUCGGCUGAUGUGAGGCAUCUUGGGUCCUUUUCCGUGGUUCUUGAACUGAUAUUACCAGCCUUGUGCAUAUUUCUGUAAAAAAAAAAAUGUCCAUGUUGACUUGACAACCAAGGUAAAAGAAAGAAGCUACCAUCAGACAUUGUUAAUGGUCUGAGUGUGCGUCUGAUAGAACAAAGGUCAAUGUGUGAAGGAUUUUGGGUAUUGUCCCCCAGCUCCUGUCUUUUCAUACUGAGAGAGUAUAUGUUGUAUGAGUUAUAAAUAAUGUUGGUGGCCUAUAAAAACCAGUGCGUUACAUACGUGACGUGGCGUGACGCAGCACUGUCUACUCCGUGUCGCCUUGGAUAAGUUGUACCCACAAUCCCUUUUGCGCAGCUCCCUCUGCAUCAAAGUCCUUGAAGACUCGAGCUGCUGGUCGGUUUUCUUAAGCACAGGCUGGUUGCACAAAGAAAGGCAAAUAAACAAUGCAUAGUUAUGUUGGUCUGUGGCACAAUAGCUGCACACUUGUCAGCUUGAAGCAGGAUAAGAAACGUUUUGUACGUCAUCACAAAAACACAUUUAAUAGGGUGGAUCUAAAAGGUUAGGAAAGGCAACUGGACUUGCUUAAGGUUCUUGAAAACAUUUCACCUUCAUCUAAAAGGCUUCUUCAGUUCUAACUGACUGGUGGUGAAUCCAGGUAUUUACCUUUAUGUGGGGUCAUUCACACAAGGUCACAUGAGUCAUGGCGUGAAUGAGUGCUGAUCUGUCUGGGUAGGGAUCCCAAAACUGCAUUAUAAGUGGUGUUGUAGACCUCCUCUGUUGAAUGAUGGUGGUUCCAUUUAGACAUAGAUUGCUUCUUUCAUCUCUCAAACUAUUGGUCUUCUCUGGCCAAAAUGCCGACAUUACUGUCCUGUCUGUGACCUCCACGACCCUUCAGGUGUGAACGAAAACCCCAAGAUGUGAACCACCCCACAAAAGGGUAAAUACUUGGAUUCCCCACCAGUCAGGUAGAACUGAAGAAGCCUUUCGCAUGAGAGGUGUCUUCAAGAACCUAAAACAAAUGCAGUUGCCUUUCUAUAGCUUUUGGAAAUAUCAUGACCUGGAUGACUGAGAAUCUUCACAGACUACAAUACUUGGUAGACUUGCUACUCCAAAAACAAAAACCUUAGAAUCACCAUGUUUCCAGACCUUCUUGUUUUUUCAAGUAUAAAGCAAAAUUCACUAGUACUAACCUGCCCCCCCACUGAUCUUUAAAUGUAGACCUAGCUUCCAUGAUCAUCUAGUGCUGGUUUUGUUCUCUUAAAAUCCAGCAGCGAUUGGGCUCUAGAAAUCAAUCACUUAUUGGCUAAAGCAAACCUUGAGGGUCUAUUUGAGGAUUUCAUCGUCUGCCUGCGUCCAUAAAGUUCUCAUUCAUGGAUGUAGUCUGGAAACCUGUUCACUACCCAAAAUUGACACGUCUCCAAGCGCGCCUACUGCAUGUGCAUAGAACAUGUCCAUGCACAUAAGUACCCAGUGUAGUAUGUCGAAGAACUGGGUUUUUGAACUGUUUUGAAGAGCAGCGUCUGAGAAUGACCAAACCCAGUAGACGGGUCUCAUGGAUCUUUGUGCAACCAGACCCUGAGAGGUCGAUCGUCAGAAACGUUUCCAUCUGAUUGUAGAAACUGAUCUCGGUGGCCUCGACUAACCACAGAAGAGAAUGUUUAGAGAAGCUAAAGUCAAAGUUCCAUUUUCUUGUAGCGAUCCGACAUGGUUUUGAGCUUCUCUCUGAAGCUGACUUGCGCGUUCAGGGACUGUGAGCGGUCAGAGUCAUGAUCUGUUGAUGAGCUCACCUCGGAGUCGUGCACGGAGAACUUCUCUGCCCACGUCAGCUGUAGAUAAAACGGUGCUUCUCUCUUUAUAGCCUUACCUUACACCCUGCACAGUCCCAAGAGGACACACUGCAAUAUUCAUCUAACAUCCCCCCAAAACUGAACCUGAGCACGAGCAACACCCACUGCUUUCAACUCCUUCUUUGGGUGCUUUACCCCCCGGAAGACCAGAGCACCUUGGGUACUUCUCAGAGGUGUGGGUGUUGUAUCAAGCUGUAGGCUGCUGAAAUCUAAACUUCUCUCAAAGCAAACACAAUUCCACAAAGCUUUCAGUUUGCUGAAUGUAUUAAAAAUCUUCAUGUGCUAUAGCAAAAAAAAAAAAAAAAACAAAAAAAAAACCUUUUUAGCUCGUAGCAAAAAUACAAAUUCACCAAAGAUGUAGCAAAG